UCUAUUUAACGACUUUCUUGAACGUUUGAUGCUGUUGUCACACUAAUUAAAUGAAAGUUUCCCACUUUUCUAAACUUUUUGUUUUGUUUUUACAUAGAAUCAACUCUGGUGUUUGUGAUCCAAAACAAAGAUGGGUAGAACGUUGUUGUCCCUUGUGGGACUUCUGUUUCUAAGCUGCCAUGCAUCAAUCACAGGAGCAAAGAAAGGAGUAACGGUGGAAGCCAAAGGUGCUAAGCUCCAUGCCAAAUAUAGAGAUCCAAAGCAGCCGAUUGAUGUCAGGAUUCAGGACCUGUUGGGGAAAAUGACCCUGGAAGAAAAGGUCGGACAGAUGGCGCAGCUUGAACGUCAAAACCUGACUGCAGAUAUCAUAAAGAAUUACUUCAUUGGCAGCAUUUUGAGUGGUGGAGGUAGUUCACCUAAGAAAAAUGCUAAUGUAGAAGACUGGGUGGAUAUGGUGAAUAAUUUUCAAAACGCUGCUCUUUUGACUCGUCUUGGGAUUCCAAUGAUUUAUGGAAUUGAUGCUGUUCAUGGCCAUAACAAUGUCGUCAAUGCCACCAUUUUCCCACAUAACGUUGGCCUCGGCGUAACUAGGGAUCCUUUACUCGUUAAGAAGAUUGGGGCUGCAACUGCACUUGAAGUUCGAGCAACCGGUAUUCCAUACGCUUUUGCACCAUGCAUUGCAAUAUGCAGAGAUCCUAGAUGGGGCCGAUGUUACGAGAGCUACAGUGAGGACCAUGUAAUUGUACAAGAGAUGACUCAGAUCAUCGAAGGACUGCAAGGAGAAGUUAAAACCGACAUGAAGGGCAUGCCAUAUGUUCUUGGAAAAAAAAAGGUGGCAGCUUGUGCCAAACACUACGUUGGUGAUGGAGGUACUGUCAAGGGCAUUAAUGAAAACAACACCAUAGUUGACCAGGCGGGCUUGUUUGGCACCCACAUGCCUGCUUACCUCAAUUCUCUGGCAAAGGGUGUUGCCACCAUCAUGGCAUCUUAUUCAAGUAUUAAUGGAGUUAAGAUGCAUGCUAAUCGCGACUUGCUUACCGGCUUCCUUAAGGAAAAACUUGGUUUCAAGGGUUUCAUCAUCUCUGAUUGGGAAGGAAUAGACAGGAUCACCUAUCCUCCUCAUUCAAACUACACUUACUCAAUUCAAGCUUCAAUAUUGGCCGGUGUUGACAUGGUUAUGAUUCCUUACAACUACACUGAAUUCAUCAAUGGUUUGAUUGAUUUGGUUAAGAAGAAUGUCAUUCCAAUGAGCCGAAUUGAUGACGCCGUGACAAGAAUCUUGCGUGUCAAGUUUGCCACGGGCCUCUUCGAAAAUCCCCUUGUUGAUUAUAGUCUAAUUAAUAAGGUUGGGUGCAUGAAGCAUAGAACACUGGCAAGGGAAGCUGUAAGGAAAUCACUUGUAUUAUUGAAAAAUGGCAAGCCUGGAAAGCCACCUGUUUUGCCUCUCCCCAAGAAUGCCAACAAGAUUCUUGUUGCAGGAACCCAUUCUCACAACUUGGGCUAUCAGUGUGGUGGAUGGACUAUUGAAUGGCAAGGAGUCAGUGGAAACAACUGGACUGCCGCAGGCACCACCAUCCUCAACGCAAUCAAGGCCACUGUCGACAAAAGCACCCAAGUGACCUACAGGAAGAAUCCUGGAAAAAACUUUUUUAAGAAGAACAACUUCGACUAUGCCAUUGUGGUGGUUGGUGAGGUUCCUUAUGCAGAGACAAGGGGUGACAGCCAAAACUUGACUAUCCCUGAUCCAGGUCCAAAUAUAAUCCAAAACGCUUGUAAGGCUAUCAAAUGCGUUGUUGUCCUCAUUUCAGGGCGUCCCGUCGUAAUUGAACCAUAUCUUGACACAAUGGACGCCCUGGUGGCCGCAUGGCUCCCUGGAAGUGAAGGCCAAGGUGUGUCUGAUGUUCUUUUCGGUGACUAUGGAUUCACUGGCAAGCUGGCUCGUACAUGGUUUAAGAGACCAGAUCAGCUUCCAAUGAACCAUGGGGAUCCCAAUUAUGAUCCACUAUUCCCAUUUGGUUUUGGACUUGAGACAAAGCCCACCACACAACACAAUAAGCGAAUUGAGUUAUAACUUAAACAGUCAAUAUUCCUAAGACUCUACAACUCGCAAAGUCAAGGUUGUAGGACGCUAUAAAUGAUUGUUGUAACUAUCCCUCCAAGGGAUAAGUCAAAUGUUGGAAUUAUGAUCUAUAUUCAG